CUUGCAGUUCCGGGUCAGUGUUCCGGAAGCGGAAGUGCGGUCUCCGUGCUGUCAAAGUUGUAGCGUUUCUCGGUCCCGCGAAGGCUCGUCCAGUCCCUCUCUGGCUUUGGAGCGCUUCUCCCGUGAAGGGUGGGAGCGCCGGCACGGACCAGCGAGAUGAGCACCAUGUUUGCAGACACGCUGCUCAUCGUUUUUAUCUCCGUGUGCACCGCACUGCUCGCCGAGGGAAUAACGUGGGUCCUGGUUUACAGGACUGACAAGUACAAGAGAUUGAAGGCAGAAGUGGAAAAACAAAGUAAAAAAUUAGAAAAGAAGAAGGAAACUAUAACAGAGUCAGCUGGCCGACAACAGAAAAAGAAGAUAGAGAGACAAGAAGAGAAACUAAAGAACAACAAUCGAGACCUGUCAAUGGUACGAAUGAAAUCCAUGUUUGCAAUUGGCUUUUGUUUUACUGCCUUAAUGGGAAUGUUUAAUUCCAUAUUUGAUGGUAGAGUGGUGGCAAAGCUCCCCUUCACCCCUCUUUCUUACAUCCAAGGAUUGUCUCAUCGAAACCUGCUGGGCGAUGACACCACAGACUGCUCCUUCAUCUUCCUGUACAUUCUCUGUACUAUGUCAAUUCGACAAAACAUUCAGAAGAUCCUUGGCCUUGCCCCUUCUCGAGCUGCCACCAAGCAGGCUGGUGGAUUUCUUGGCCCCCCACCUCCUUCUGGAAAGUUUUCUUGAAAGAAAGCAGAAUUCUUUAUUUCCUGUCUACUUUCUAGACAUUCACAUCAGACUGCCAAGGCACCUGGCCACAUUCUAGUUUUGAGUUAUUUCUCAGCUUUAUGGAUAUGAUCGGAAUGAGAAUGGCGUUUAACUAGUGGGUUAGUGCUUUCAGUCAUGGAUGACUUCUUUAGUAAGUGGACGCAUUAGUCAAAUUUGGAUGAUUUUUAUGUAAUCACAAAGAUCAUCUUUCUUCUAUCACUUAAGUAUUUCUGUUGGACAAUGAUCAAGCCUGUGUAUGUGCCAUGUACCAUAGAAGCAGACUGUCCAUGAACAUGAGCUAGGAGUUAAAACAGUUUUUGUAGCAACUUAAUAGGAAGUUUUUGUUGUUUUUUAAAAAGCCAAAUAUAUCACUUUUGUUUGAUAACAAGCCAAAUUUUUAGCUGUUUCAUUUAGAGAGAUAUUUGAUUUUUUUUUUGCAAAUUUAAAUAAAAUAUUUUCUUUAAUCUGAACAUAAGGGUAAGCAUUGGCCCAGAAGAGCUAAAAUAAAAUUUUGUCAUGUGUUCCUUUA